AUGACUGAUUUUUGGAAUAGCGACUUCCCGACGAUGUCGGGAACUCACCGACUCAAUUUGGCAACAUUCCUUGCUAAACUAGCAUCAACUCGCGUCGGCAAUGAUAGGCUGUGCCAGAUUGCCCUUAUUUUCUUCCGCAAUCUGUUUGAGGAGAGACAAGCACUUCGCAGCGGGGAGGAGUCGGAUGAUGAAGAUCCAAAGCGACGCAUACAUCAGCUUGAAAUUUUCCACUUGUUGCCAGCUGCCGUGGCUUGGCUCCGUCAUGCUGGCCACAAUCUUAUUCUGCUCUCAGAGGUCUAUUGGGGCGAUUGCCCUAGUACCGUCAGCCAGGGUGGCACGAAGUUCAUCGAGUCGGAGCUUUGGCAACGAUCACCCACUGGAUUCUCGCCAUGGAGAUACAUGUACUGGCUCAAGCGCCUCCAUGAAAUCCAGGAGGAGGCCAAAGAGGCCAAAGAGGAACUCUUGGAAGAGUACGCCACCGAUGCCAUUGAUUACAUGGUCGGCAUAGUCGAGGAACGAAACUCCGGAGUUUUGAGGGCAUACCAGAACGGUGGAGAUGCCUUGCAUCAGGGAAAAAAUCUGCGUUGCCUAAAGGAUCUUCUGAAGAGUGAAGCUGCCGAGAAUGAAGAGUCGAAGGAUAGCGCAGAAUAA